UGGGGCAAGGAACUAGACUCCUCAGCACUGGCGACAUGUAAACAACAACAAACGGAAAGUGGAUGUCGAAGUCGAAACCAUGAAAAGAUUAUUCGAUCAAUAUUAGACCUAAAGCACUAAAUCUCCAAAAUCAGAGAUGGUACUGCAGUGCACCAAGGUAGAUAUUUCAGGUGUUGUUCUCCCGUCCCGAACGAACCACGCAAGCGCGUUUUGGGACGGCAAGUUUUUCGUCCACGGAGGAAACGGCGACAGCAAGUACGACAAAUGCCUGGGCGACUUUUGGGUGUUGGACACGGUGGGAAUGACCUGGUCACAACCCGAGACAUCGGGGGAAGGGCCUGGACCGAGGUGCCAUCAUUCGAUGGAUGUUAUACAAGGAAAACUGUGGAUUUUUGGAGGCUGGACAGGCAAGAGGCGAUGCAAUUUCCUUCACAGUCUGGAUCUAGCUACGUGGCAGUGGACAGACUGCACGCCCAUAAUGUCAGCCGUAGAUACCCACUCCAGUCAUGCAUCAACUGUCCUCGAUGACCACACGAUCCUCGUAGUGGGCCGAGGAGAGACAGGAACUCAUGCCAAAUAUGGAUGCAACAUCGACUACCUAGACACUCGGACGCUCAAGUGGUCCACUUUCCCAGGAAGCACAAUAUCCCGAGCCGGGCACAGUUUAACUUUUGUUCCAAGCGUAUCAACAAGAUAUGCUUUUGUGUACGGAGGAAGGCAAAGACAUGAGACUGAGCACAUUGUUUGCAAGGUAGAGCACCCCUUGGCACCAGUGUAUUCUUCGAGUUUUCCUGAAGAAGUGCUGAAAAAUGGGAAAAGGGUCGAAGUACCCCCAGGGCGAAGUUACCACAGCGCUGUGGAUGUCCAUGGCGUUGUUGCCAUCUAUGGAGGUUUCAUCCAAGGGAAGUCCGUCAGGGGUUUGCUGGAUGGGGUCAACGAACUUUACCUCCACGAUGGACGGAAUGGGGCGUGGCUGGUGCCCGAGAUGAAAGGGGAGUGGCCGAGGAGGGCGGGGCACACAGCGGCGAGGAUCGGGGAGAGCAGCAUCGUCAUCUUUGGAGGAGAACAUUCUGGGAGGCAGUUUAAUGACAUCCAUGUUGUCACAUGGUGACGUAACCCAACUUGAGUAAUUCAAACUGAAACAUGAAUGCCAUGCCAAAAUGCUCUUGCCAAUUAUCUGAAAUAGUUUCUGAUAGGUCAGUGAUUUUUAUGUAUUCUCUUGAAUGGCUAGCUUUUUAAUUCAUUGUUUUGGAUGAGAAAUAUGCAAAUAACAAUGUAAAUAUAGUUAUAUUUCUUCUGUUUCAUCCUCAUAUUUGUGCAGAUAUCAGAAGUGGUGAAGUAUAGUGAGACAAAAAUAUCAAAAUUUUUAAAUGUGAAAAUGACAAACAUUUCAUCAAAUACUAAUUUUAUCAUAAUAUGAACUUGGUCUGUCUGUUACCAGAGAAUCUGAUGGAUCAAUUGUUGUUUUGAGACAAAACAAUACUGAAAUAUAAAUGUGUUCAUUAAAACCUUAUCGCCUAAUGUUUGUUUGAAUUUGAUUGCUCUGAAGAUGUAUUUGAAUAAAAAAAAUUAAAAGUUUA